AUGCAGCAAACCGCCGCAGUCGCCGCCGUCGGAGACCACACCGCCGCAGGAGUGCCCCGCAAGAGGCAGCGCAUUCCCAUCGCCAGCGCUCAGGACUACGAGGAAGUCUGCUGCCUCGGCGCCGGCAGCUUCGGCGUCGUCACCAAGGCGCGCCAUCGCGCCACCGGCGAGACCGUCGCCAUCAAGCGCCACCGAUCCACCGACGGCCGCAACGGGGAGCUCCUGCGUGAGGCGCGGUUCCUCGACGCCUGCGGGGGCCUCCCUUUCCUCGUCGGCUACCACGGCCUCGCGCGCGACCGCGCCACCACGGAGCUCUGCCUCCUCAUGGAGUACGUCGGCGGCCCGACCCUCCGCGACUACCUGCGCGAUCGGCGCCGCCGCCACAGGCCGCCGCUCCCGGAGUCCACGGUUCGCGCCGCGAUGUGGCAGCUGCUGACGGGGGCCCGGGGGAUGCACGAAAGCCGCGUGGUCCACCGGGACAUCAAGCCCGCCAACAUCCUCGUCGGCGACGACCACCGGAUCGUCAAGAUCUGCGACCUCGGCCUGGCGAUCUACACGUCGGAGCCGCCGCCGUACGCGCAGGCCGGCACGCUGACGUACAUGGCGCCAGAGGUGCUGCUGGGGAAGAACGACUACGACGCGCGCGUGGACGCAUGGUCGCUGGGCUGCGUCAUGGCGGAGCUCCUCGAAGGGUGGCCGCUGUUCUUGGGCAACGUCGAGGCGGAGCAGCUCUCGGCGAUCUACGAGGUGCUCGACGACAUGCCGGACGACGGCCACCGGCACGACGGGCUGCGCGAGCUCUUCCCCGAGGAGACGCUGUCCAAGGAUGGGUUCGAGGUCCUGAGCGGCCUUCUCGCGUUAGACGCUGAGAACCGGCUCACGGCAGAGGCCGCAUUGAAGCUGCCGUGGUUUGACAACGUCGGCGCACUGGCGCUGCCGAAGGAGGAGGAGGUGGUAACCGCGUCGGCGAUGGUGCCCAAGAAGAAGAAGCGGCUGCUUAUCACUCUGCCGCCACUGCCAAAGAAACCUAAGGUCUUCUGA